AUGAAUCGUUUCGAUAACGAUGAAGUUCCAAUUCUGUCGAUAGCACGUGCACAACAAUCCGAUGAACCUGAGAUUUCUUCGUUCCGAAGAAACGUAUUGAGGACACGAAGUGCCUCAAUGUCUAUUCCUAUGGUUUCUUUGGAUCAUCCAUAUGAGAGACGACUGAAUCUUGUUGGACAUACUGGUCCGCUUCGAUCUCCGAGGAAAACUCCGGAUGGCCAAAUGAGUGGUCCACUACAUGCUACUUCUGCAACUGCUGGAAAUACUUUUCAGAAUAGUUUAGUAGUGGCAGGAAACACAGUAGGAGAGAAUAGGAAGGAUGGAAAUCAUUGGGAUAAUGAUGAUGAUGACAGAAAAAAUGAGCACUUGUUGAGGUCUGGACUACUCGGAAUGUGUAAUGAUCCUUAUUGCACUACUUGCCCAACUUACGUCAAAGUUUCUCAGCAAAGAAAACCAAGAGGUUCCGCUAUAUUUGAUCCCAAGUUCCACAACUCUCUUUAUGGUGAUGCGAAAGGUUUUGGAAGAAAACUUCUUUCUCUCUGCUCUUUAUGUACUCCUGGAGUUAUGAACCCUCACACUAAAGUUGUACAACAAUGGAACAAGUUUUUGGCCAUAUUUUGCUUGAUCGCAAUUUUUGUUGAUCCAUUAUUUUUCUUCACAAUAUAUGUGGACAAGAAUAAAAUAAGUAUUGAUAUCGACUGGAAAAUGGCAAAAAUACUUGUUUUACUUAGAAGCAUAACUGAUGUUGUGUAUUUCUUGAACAUUCUUCUUCAGUUUAGGUUGGCUUAUGUUUCUCCUGAGUCAACGGUGGUUGGUGCUGGAGAUUUAGUUGACCGUCCCAACGAAAUUGCUAUUAAUUAUUUUAAGCGUUAUUUUUCAUUCGACUUAUUUAUUGUAUUACCUCUUCCUCAGAUAAUAAUAUUGUAUGUCCUACCAAAUGACUUGGGGUAUUCAGGAGCAAAUUAUGCCAAGAAUCUUCUUCGCCUAACGAUCCUAGUACAGUAUAUUCCUAGAUUGUUCAGAUUUUUGCCUCUGCUAAUUGGUCAGUCUCCAACUGGAUUCAUAUUCGAGUCAGCCUGGGCGAAUUUCAUUUUAAAUCUUCUCAUUUUUAUGCUGUCUGGCCAUGUUGUUGGUUCAUGCUGGUACCUCUUUGGUCUACAGAGGGUUAACCAAUGUUUGCGAGAUAAACGUACCUCUGAUUGUUUGGAUUCCUCGUCUGGUGCUUUUUCUUAUGGAAUAUAUGCCAAUGCUGUACCACUUACUAAAGAAAUUAGAGUGAUAAACAAAUAUGUGUAUGCACUAUUUUGGGGAUUCCAGCAAAUUAGUACUUUGGCUAGUAACCAAGUCCCAAGCUAUUUUGUGUGGGAAGUCCUCUUUACAAUGUCCAUCAUUGGAUUGGGACUCUUGCUUUUUGCGCUUCUCAUUGGAAACAUACAGAACUUUCUCCAGGCUCUCGGACGGAGGAGACUAGAAAAACAACUUAGAGGCCGUGAUGUUGAGCAAUGGAUGAGCCAUCGUCGUUUAUCAGAAGAACUCAAAAAGAGAGUACGGGAGGCUGAACGGUAUAAUUGGGCUGCAACAAGAGGUGUUUCUGAGAAAAUGGUUUUGGAGAAUUUGCCAGAGGAUCUCGUGAUAGAAAUACGGCGUCAUCUCUUCAAAUUUGUUAAAAAAGUUCGAAUAUUUUCACAUCUAGAUGAGGAAGAGCCUAUCUUAGAUGCCAUUCGUGAGAGACUAAUACAGACGCCAUACAUCAAAGAAAGCAAAAUUUUGAGACGUGGUGGUCUUGUACAGAAGAUGGUGUUUAUUGUGCGUGGAAAAUUGGAGAGCGUUGGAGAAGAUGGAAUUCCGGUUUCGUUAUCUGAAGGGGAUGCUUGUGGUGAAGAACUUCUAAGAUGUUAUCUUGAACAAUCUUCCGAAAGCAAAGAAGGAAAAAAAGUAAAGCUUCAAGGAAGGGGCUUGACUAGUGACAGAACAGUAAAAUGCUUAACCAAUGUGGAGGCCUUUUCUCUUCACGCUAAAGACAUUGAAGAAGUCACAACUCUUUUUGCAAGAUUCUUGCGGAGCCCCCGUGUUCAAGGAGUCAUAAGGUACGAAUCACGUUAUUGGAGAUCACUUGCAGCAAACACAAUUCAGCUGGCAUGGAGAUACAGAAAGAAGCGUCUAAGUAGCUCUCAUACCAGACAAAAUGAUUAUCAAACAUUGAACUCAUAG